AUGUCGAAUUUCGCGAACAGAAGCUUUCCCUGGACACGAAAAGCGCAGAGCUCGUCCGAGUCACUCCGUCCGAUGGAAAUCCUCAGACCUGACUCUUCUUUAAUAUGGUUCUCUCAAUUCCAUGAAAAGGAUACUAGUGCCGACGUAUCGACGGCCACUGAUAAGAGGGAUGCCAGUAGAGCUCGAUCGGAGUCGAGCAACCAGGUCUCUUCACGGCAACAACUGCCGUCCUUACACAGCCUCUUCGGGCCUCCGUCCUCUAUUCGUUCGCUUCAUUCUCCGUCCGAAAAAGAAACAUUGUAUCUUGCUCAGUCACCACUUGACCGGUCCCGAAAAUCACCUGGCGUUGGAAACAACAGUACCUCAUAUUUCCCUACGACGGUAUCACCUCCAGCUUCACAACCUCGAAGGACCUACGAUUCACGUCUAGAUGCCCACUCUCUGGCUCGCUGUUACUCUGAACCACGAUCUCCAAAAUAUUAUGAGCAGCAGCGCAGCAGGUCUGACUCCAGAGACGAGUGUGAGAGCAGCAAAUGGUCGGUUCAUCAGGAUGUUAGCCGGUAUGAGCAUUCCUUGGGAUCAAGGGAUCCCACGUCCCAGUCCCUAGAUAGCCGUGCGUGGACUCAGCUUCCUACAUCAAAAGGCUCCUCCAGAGAUUAUUCUUGUCAGCAAGCAACGCAAUCUAGCUCUAGUGGGCCGCCUACUCAGGAAGUUUCUGCGGCUUCAGAGGGGGCGCCAACGAAGGAUGGCCUUGGCCCCAGAAUCUGGACGGGAACGCACUUCCUGCCUCGGUUUGUUCGAGCCGCUGAUGUUCCGGGAGAAGGCAUGUGCUAUUUCUACGAUGACGGAAGCCACUGCAAGACUGUGAUAGAUGGCGAGGUCGUAAAUUCCCACUGGGGCGUGACCAAAGCCGGCAAACCUCGAAAAAGACUGGCCAUAGCCUGCAUUCCCUGCCGUGAGAAGAAGAUCAAAUCGACCGCGAUCUCCCUCGAUGAGAUGGACCAAGCAGAAAAAGCGCCCAUUGAGGAAAGCGCUAUCUGGAAGGAACUCAAUACCUUCCGCGCCUCAUUCAACUCCAUUUGCAGGAGCAGAAGCGUUUCCUGUAACGCCGAAAUUCUGAGCCAGCUUAGCAACACGGACCUUCGGCGGCUUUCUCUCAAUCUUUUGGUUGCGCUGCAAAAUCUUCCCGCUGCCCGUGUGGUACCAUCCAAGACGGGACCCGGUCCCGUUGAAAAUGAUCUCCUGAGACUCCUUUCUGCUGUCACGGCGGAUAAUUUUUUGACUUUGGCCCUCGUGUCAAAUGCCGUCGUCGAAUCUACUCCGCCGCCUCGGGCUAUACAUUCGUCGACCCAACAAACCCCAUGGAGCCAAAACACGAGCAGCUUCGUGAACUCGUCAGAAUACCGCCAGAAUGUGGAUCCCGUCCUUAAACUGGAGCUCGAGCAUCUGUAUGUCGGAGUCCCGAAUUUCUAUAGGUCUUUCUUUGGGGACAUCCCAGAACUUGACGGGGUUUCUGAGGCGGUCUUCCGCCAUUGUACCGAAGGUGACAGUCCACUUUUCAAGGACGGUUGGAGUGGAUGGCCAGUGGACGCUAAAGAGAGCGACGUGCUGACUUGGAUUGGCGGCUUGAUCUCGCAGCUGGAAGCAAUCGCAGAGGACCUCAUUCCGACUUCGAUGGCGAGACGAAAGCUGUUGGCCCAGCCGAGGACACUCCUGGAAGGCUCUACAGGCAAGCGCAGCUUGGAUAUCGGCUUUGUUGACAGCGACAUCAUAUAUAAACCUCACACUACGGAUUCAACAUAUCGUUGGGCACACAUCCUAGUUGUCGGCGAACUUAAAAGCAACCCCAAGGCCGAUAUAGCAUCGAUUGCAUGGAUUGAUCUGGCAAGGGUAUGGGAAUACGACCGGCUCGGGGGGAUCGCCUCUGAGCAAUUCGACAUCAACACGAAGGAAGGUGGGCUGCAAUUUGUGACUACAAUGCUAGGUUUUCUCCGGAUGAAUGAGGAGAUGCUUGGUUUUGAUCCUGCAAUAAUAACAACUGGCACACAACGAUAUAUCGAGAUUCAGCGAGACGACAAAACAGAGCGUCUCAUCAUCGAUGAGGUCAUGAAGCGCGCACCAUGCAUUGCAGGCCGAGCGACAACGUGUUGGAAAGCUCAUCGCAACGAUGAUCCACACAGUCCACUUGUCAUUAAGGACUCGUGGCAGUACAUCGACCGAGCAACGAGAACGGGUCUCAGGAGCAAAGAGCAAAACAGGCACGAGGGCGUUCAUGGCCAUUGGCGCAUUACUAGGUGA